GUAAGAAAUAGCUCGAAACCGGAACAUGAUCAAACGCUAAGCUUGCGGUCUAUAGCACCAGCUGGAAACAUCCAAGCUCCAAUGAUUUACAACCAGACCUAUACUUUAGAGCCAACACCAGAGAUUAACGAAGCAUGGGAUGAUCUGUUCCCUAAAGGCAAAGGUUUUAUACAGCAUCCAGAAAUAUCCCCUAACAUCUCCGGAAUCGCAGUUUUCCACGAGCUCCAUUGCCUUGUAUGUGGUGUUUUCCCAUUAUCCUCCCCAUCCCAUUAUCUCCCUAUCUAUCUAAUACGCCUUCUACCUACCCAGAAUAUCCUACGUAUCGGUUUUUACGCCGCUCUGAAUGGCAAUAUCGAAGCUAUGUACGAGGUUCACGACCACAACAGUCGACCAGAUCCACACCAUCUCCGCCACUGUUUUGAUUAUCUUCGCCAAGCACUCAUGUGUGCCGCAGAUACAAAUUUGGAGCCUGUGGAUUUUGAGCUGGGUGGCGUGACGGGGUGGCGCUUUGAUAAGACGUGUCGGAACUUUGACGAGGUCAAGGAAUGGGCAGAAGUAAAUAGGAAGUGGGAUGAUCAGAUUAAGGAAUCUGGUAAGGUGUAG